GGGCGGCAGUGGUAAGGAUCUUUUCCGUUGCUGUCUGCUGUAGUGGCAAGUUCGUUGCGUAGUCUCUCAAAGGCUGUAUAGAAAAAAAUGGAAGACUAUACUGAAGGUUCAAAAAUCAACGCUAGCAAAAAUCAGCAGGAUGAAGGGAAGAUGUUCAUUGGUGGUCUUAGUUGGGAUACUAGCAAAAAAGAUCUUUCUGAAUAUCUCUCUCGAUUUGGUGAGGUUGUUGACUGUACAAUCAAGACAGACCCAGUUACUGGAAGGUCUAGGGGUUUUGGAUUUGUCCUCUUUAAGGAUGCAAUAAGUGUAGACAAGGUACUCGAAACAAAGGAGCACAAGCUUGAUGGCAAACUUAUUGAUCCAAAAAGAGCAAAGGCCCUGAAAGGGAAAGAGCCCCCUAAGAAGGUUUUUGUUGGCGGUCUUAGCCCAGAUACCACAGCAGAGCAGAUCAAGGAAUAUUUUGGUGGAUUUGGAGAGAUUGAAAACAUUGAGCUGCCAAUGGAUACAAAGACAAAUGAAAGGAGGGGCUUCUGCUUUAUCACCUAUACAGAUGAGGAGCCAGUUAAGAAGCUUCUGGAAAACAGGUUCCAUCAGAUUGGCUCAGGAAAGUGUGAGAUAAAAGUUGCACAACCCAAAGAUGUCUACAGACAACAGCAGCAACACAAAGGUGGGCGAGGUGCACCUAGUGGAAGAGGAGGUCCAAGGGGGAGGGGUAGAGGUGGACAAGGUCAAAGUUGGAAUCAAGGAUACAACAACUACUAUGAUCAAGGAUAUGGUGGUUAUGGAAAUAACAACUCCUACAGUGACCAAGGCUACAACAGCUAUGGUGGCUAUGACUAUCCAAAUUACAGUUAUGGCAACUAUGGAUACAAUCAAGGAUAUACAGACUACAGUGGUCAACAGAGCACAUAUGGCAAGGCAUCAAGAGGCGGUGGAAACCAUCAAAACAACUAUCAGCCCUACUAAUUGACUUUGAAAUGUACACAUAAGCGGGAACUUCAUUGCAGGCCGUGUGUCACCCUGACCACGUCUAUCUCUGGGGUCGCACGUUGUGGGCAGAGCGCAAGGCGUACACCAGAAACCGCUGUCCUGUGGUAUGGUCUCUUCAAACUUCAUGUACCAGCGUAAAGAUUAAACUGGGACAAACUACAGAAUAAACUCUCAAGUCUUUUUUUUAACAUUGGAUAAAUUGUUUUUUACAGGAGAUUUAAAGUAGACAUUUUACAGCUUAAUCCAGUUUGCUUCUCGUUUUUGUGUUUGAAUCCCCAACUUUUUUUAUUAUUUUUAGGAUUUAAUGCUUGCUUCUUUUCUUUAUAGCAAAUAGUGAAAUCUACAAACAAGAACUUUUUAAAACUAAGGGGUGACGUGUCUGAAGAUCAUAUGCACAUGAAUAGUUGUCUAAGCAGGUUACUUAAUAUUCCUUGGGACCCAUGUGAUGCUUCUGUACUAUGCAAAGCUAAUGGCAGGAUGGCUGGGCAGAGCUAGUUGUGCGGAAGGCUGUUGAAUGCCUUGUUAAGACAAACACUAUGUGCAUAUGAUUCUUACUAUAGUAAAAAGAUGCCUUUGACUGGUCCCGUGUCACUUAGUCCAUGAAAUAAUUGCAUUUUUUUUUCUCUUGCAGGUGGAUGUGGUUAAUGAUUAUGAGCAAGAAUAUCUGUUCAUGCAGGGAGAGUCAUCAAAGCUGCACUCCCUUAGGAGGACUCUUUUUCAAGGCACACUGGUGUCUUGUUGUAUAUAGCAACUGAUCUUUUUUUUUUUUUUUUAAUUUUUGUUUUUAUGGCUUAGGUUUUUUUUUUUUCCCCCAUCUGUAAAUUGAAUGGGUUUUAUGUUUUACAGGUCUUAUCUGUUUAAAUUUUGUGCUUGUGACUUGGUGCAUUCAUGUUAACAUGUGUAAGGAUUUUGUAAUAAAACAAAAUUUGUUAACUUGUGCUUUAA